AUGCUUCUCUCCAGCUACCCUUCCUUACAUAGAAGAAGUUCAGGGUCCCAAGAGCAGAAGUUCCUUCUCACCACAAUUAUCACCAUCCCUGUCUCUGAGACCUCUUUUCCUACUUCUCCAGUGACUGCCUUUGAUGUAAACAUCAGACUGAAAAACAGGAAGGAGAUUGAUUCAGUCCCAUCAAUUAUGGAACUUCUGCUACUGUUUCUGCUGCUGCUGAUAUCUGAGCCGGUUUCUGGGAAGCUUAGAAUGAAGUGCCCACUGAAUUUGGAUAACAAGGAUGGAGGAAAGCCAUGGAGCUAUUAUAGCCCAGGAGAUCUUCCCAUUAGUUUUCUCAUCUCUCCAUCAACAAUAGAACAUGAACCAUUAUCUUUCAACAUGGUUCCUUCUAGUCAGAUUCGGCUUUUACCUCAUCGAAAGGAAAGAAUAAUACAAAUGAUUUUCAAUAUUGAAGUUUUUAAUAAAAAUGACCAGCACCUGCACAAUCUCACACUUGGCUACAACAUUCAUGACAACUAUGGUAACACCCUCGGCACUUCAGAAGCCUUGCUGGAUAUGCUCUCUACUGGAGAAGCCAAUGUUCCCAACUACAGCUGUGGAAAGAAGGACAACCUUUUAGCCCUUGUGGAUGGAGCUGACCAGGACAUCUCCAGCCAGAUAUCAACAUUAGCUGACACCUACAAAGUCCCACAGAUGAGUGAUAGAAUCGCUUCAGAGGCUCUGAGUGAUAAAAGCCAAUCCCCAUUUUUCCAUCCAAUGCUCCCCACAGAAGGGUUCCACUAUCCAGGGAUUGUCCAGCUGCUCCUCCAUUUUGAAUGGACCCUGAUUGGCCUUUUUACUUCAGACACAGAGAAGGGAGAGAAUUUCAUGAGGAAAUUUGCUCCUAUGCUUCUCAGGAUUGGGAUUUGUGUUGUUCUAUCACAACAAUUCUCAAUGACUGGAGAUGCAACUUUCCUCAGGGAUGACCUCUCUAAGUGGAGACAAGUCAAUGUCUUUGUUCACUUCAUAGAAUAUGCUUCUCUUUGGAAGAGAAUUCUUCCUUUCCAUGUAACACUUGAAUUUUUGCCAGGACCCAUCGAAGGGAAAGUCUGGAUCGUGACAAUGCUUGGAGCAUAUGUAAUGAAGAAGAACAUCCUUCUCAAGUACGUCCAUAGUGUUUGGACCCUUUAUUCUCAGUGGAAAAAAAACUGGCGCAAAGACGAUGCCUUUAAAUAUUCCUUCUUUGUGGGACGUGAAUUUGAAGCCAAUUAUUUCCACUGUUCUGUUUCAAAACAUAGCUUUUCUGUCAAAGGCUGGAGAAGAUGCACCCAGAAAGCACCAGUGGAGAUCCAAGAGAAAGAGAAUGGGAUGCGGAUCACAAAUGACGGUGUUACUUAUAGCAUCAUAAAGAUUCUGGCUCAUGCUAUAAAUGCUGCCUCCAAACCCCAGAGGAGAAGGAAGGAGGGAGAAGAGAGGUGGGGGGCUCCAAGGCUGCAGCCGUGGAAGUUCCAUCCAUUUCUAAAGAAGAAAGAAUUGUACAAUCUUUCCCUGGUGAAAGUGUACUUGGAUCAAAAUGGAGUCCUAACAGCUGAUCUGUGGAUUGCUAAAGAAAAAAGGGAGAAUCUAAACGAAGCAUCUGCCUGCAACUGUAUCUCCUGCAACCAUUUGGAAGUAGUCAGAGAUUUCAUAUUUGCCUACGUGAAGCCCAGAGACUAUUUGGCUAAUAUUCAUGUCUACCUCCAUCUUAUACAGAUGUCUCUCCCUCAGUCCAAAUGUGUGGAAAAAUGUCAGCUGGGAUUUGUCAAGAAGGCUCGAAAAGGAGAGCCAGUUUGCUGCUAUGACUGUGUUCCUUGUCCAGAGGGGACCAUCUCCGCUCAGGAAGAUACUGAAAAAUGCAUCAGAUGCCCAGAUGAUCAAUAUCCAACCAUGAAUCGAGUCAGAUGUAACCCCAAAAGAAUAACCUUCCUGUCCUAUGACGAACAUCUGGGCAUCAUCCUUGUGUCCUUUGCUCUACUCUUGUUCCUAACCACAGGAUUUAUUUUAAUCAUAUUCAUUAAAUACCUAGAAACUCCCAUUGUCAAAGCCAACAACCGGGACCUCUCCUUCAUCCUUCUGGUCUCCCUCCUCCUUUGCUUUCUGUCCUCAUUUCUCUUCAUUGGUCAACCAAGGAAAGCUACCUGUCUUCUCCAACAGACGGUGUUCAGCAUUGUCUUCUCAGUAGCUGUGUCUUCUGUGUUGGCCAAAACAAUCACAGUAGUGCUGGCCUUCCUGGCAUCAAAACCAGGAAACAGGAUGAGAAGAUGGUUGGGGAAGAGCUUGGCCAAUUCCAUCAUUGUUUCUUGUUCUGGUGUACAAAUUUUCAUCUGUGUUAUAUGGCUGGGAGUUUCUCCCCCAUUCCUUAAUUCUGACAUGCACUCUCAACCUGAAGAGAUCAUCAUUCAGUGCAAUGAAGGCUCUGUUACCAUGUUUUAUGUUGUCCUCGGCUACACGGGUUUUCUAGCUGCCAUUUGCUUCAUGAUGGCUUUUCUGGCCAGGAACCUGCCUGGCGCCUUCAAUGAAGCCAAGCUGAUCACCUUCAGCAUGCUGGUUUUCUGCAGUGUCUGGGUCUCUUUC